AUGUCGCUCGAUCCUCCCACGUACCUGGCCUCGCUGCAAAGCAACAUUCGCCAGCGGCCAAUCCCCUGGGAUGGCGCUGUUAGGGCAGGCACCAUCACCGAGGACCACCUGGCCCGCAUCCGCGCCGUCGACAAGGCGAAGAAGCCCGAGGCAAGGAAGGACAUUGUAGAAGGCGAUCUCGAUGGCUACCGCUCACUCUUUGUUGGGGAGCCCGGCAAGCCCAGCGUGCUGGAGUCUGCUGGAAAGCAGGCGAACGUCGUUCAAUUCGUCCUCGUCCUGCUAGCCGACCUUUUGCCUAGCGUACCGUCACUCGCAAAGGCUCUUAUUAAGAAUACAGACCCCUACAAACACUUUCUACCGUUGCUCGCGCACUCCAACAAUACCGAGGACCCGAUCCCGUUGCUCACGUCGACUGCUCUGACCAAGCUGAUGUCUCUCGCGCUCGACGAAUCCCAGGCGACACGCAACGCCAUUCCCGUCCUGCUCACAUAUCUCUCGGGCCUUGCCAAGAGUUCCGAUGCGGGUCUUCAAGAUAUCGCAGUCCAGGAGUAUUCCUCGCUACUUUUCGGACAUGUGUCGCGGCAACAGUUCUGGAACCAAAGAAGCGAGACAAUUUCUCCUCUGAUCGACAUCCUUAAGACUGCUGCGGGCAUUGGAAGCAACGGCAGUUCUUCCGCAAGCAUAUGGAGUGGCAAUGCUCCUUCGAGAUCCACCGGCUUUGAGGGUUCGCUCGGUGGCGGAGUUGGGCUUCAGCUAUUAUAUCAUGUUCUGUUGGUUGUCUGGCAACUGAGCUUUGAGGCUGAGGACAUUGGUGACGACCUGAACGACGAGUACGACAUCGUCUUGUUGUACACUCAGCUUCUUCGCCUGUCUCCGAAGGAGAAGACAACACGUUUGAUUGUGUCGACCCUUUACAAUUUGCUCGAAAAGAACCAGAAAUCACUCCUCCCUACCGCAGUGCUUGCAAGGCUGCCUGCACUCCUCGAUAAUCUCAGCGGCCGUCACUUGACCGACCCCGACCUCUUGGAAGAUCUCCAAAAAUUAAAGGAGCUUCUUGAGGAGUAUACCAAGACGAAGACUACCUUUGACGAAUACGUUGCAGAAGUUGAAUCUGGCCAUCUUCGGUGGUCCCCGCCUCACAGAAGCCAGGUUUUCUGGACCGAGAAUGCGCGCAAGAUUCUCGAGCAUGAGAACGGGCAAGUCCCCCGCAAACUUGCCGAUAUCAUGAAGAGGCCAUGGGACAACGACAAGCAGGUGUUGGCCAUUGCUUGCAAUGAUGUCGGAGCUUUGGUCAAGGAGGUUCCGGAAAAGAGGUACCAGCUGGAGAAGCUCGGCCUGAAGACCAGGGUCAUGGAGCUCAUGGGGGACGCAGACGAACACGUUCGGUGGGAGAGCUUGAAGGCGUUGGGAGGCUGGUUGAAGUACAGCUUUGACGGCUAA